AUGCUGGCGCCAGCGCUGCCUGCAUCGGGAGACUGCCACUCUUCCACGCCCCAGGCUCAUAAUCCCAGCCCCGCUUCAAUCCCCCAGUUGCUGCUGCCCUGGCCUCGCUUGUUCUCUACACAGCUCCAUCUGAUGGAUGCCGGAUCAGUGGUGUUCUGAGAAUUGGGCACUGCUUGCCGAAACUCUUGCCUGGGUGACCGGAUUUUGUCCAGUCUGGAGAACACAGGAACGAGAUGGCGCUCAAUCUGGUGCUGAGUCCAGUCGUGAGUCCCGUAGCGUACCGAGGAAGAUGUGAAAAACAAGAGCUAUCUGGGUUAUUAUUUUUGCAACCAUGUCGCGCGAGAUUGAGUUCGAGUGUCAGGCAAGUGCAGAUGACUACCUCCGAUUGGAAGAGGAGCAUGAGAAGUCUCUUCUUUUCAACAGUGAAGUUUUAUCAACCAUUUAUUGCACUUCAAGCAAUUUCACUGUCAGCAGCUAUGGCUGCUCGUGCCGAGGCAGGGGGACGAAAUAGUGAUGCGGUGCUUGACGAUGGCGGCGCUGGACUUACUUCAUUUGUCUGGUCUGAUCCGAAGAGGCCGAGGAUAUGUAUACUUGGAGGAGGUUUUGGUGGACUCUACACUGCCCUGCGGCUUGAAUCCUUGAUCUGGCCACCUGAUAAGAAACCACAGAUUGUUUUGGUCGAUCAGUCAGACCGAUUUGUAUUUAAGCCUCUGCUAUAUGAGCUCGUUUCUAAAGAGGCGGAUGAAUGGGAAGUUGCCCCCUCAUUUAAGGAACUGCUCGCGAAUACUAACAUACGAUUCUGUCAAGACACUGUAAGGUCUAUUCAACCAUCUGAUGCAGUGAAUGGUACGCCAGCUUUGGCUACUGCAAGUCGAGACGUUGGUGGGUCGGUAUACCUCAGCAGUGGAAUGCAAGUAGACUACGACUGGCUGGUGUUGUCGCUGGGUUCGGAGCCUCGCAUGAAUGUUGUACCAGGCGCCUCUGAGCUGGCACUUCCAUUUAGCACUCUUGAAGACGCAUUGGAGGUGGACAGAAGGUUGACUACUCUUGAAAAUGAGGCGUCAGUUUAUGCACCUAUUGAGGUGGUCGUUGUGGGAUCGGGUUACUCCGGCGUAGAGCUCUCUGCCACCCUAGCUGAAAGGCUUGGCCAGAAGGGAACAGUUAAAGUGAUUGAUAUGGCAUCGGAUAUUGUGGCUUCAGCACCAGCUGGCACUAGAGAAGCAGCAUCAAGGGUUCUUUCAAGUAGAAACGUGGAGUUAAUGCUAGGAUAUUUCGUAGCAAACAUGAGACGAGCUGACGAAAGCUCAAAUCGUAUUCGUCUUGAGCUUGGGCAACCAUCGCAACGUCCAAGCCGGCGAGCUCCUCCAGGCCAAACUAUUGAAGCAGAUUUAGUACUGUGGACUGCUGGGACGAAAGUUUCAAUACCUCCAUCAGAAACCCAAGCUGGAUACCAAUCGUUUCCUAUAAAUGGUCGUGGACAAGCUGACACCGAUGAGAUGCUACGGGUGAGAGGUUAUCCCCGUAUCUUUGCUCUUGGUGAUUCGGCUGGCGCAACAGAUGGCAAUGGAAAACAACUCCCCAGCACUGCGCAGGUAGCAUUCCAGCAAGCCGACUAUGUUGGCUGGAACUUGUGGGCUGCCAUCAACAAUCGCCCACUUUUACCCUUCAGAUACCAACAUUUAGGCGAGAUGAUGACAUUGGGAACAAAUGAUGGAUCAGUCUCCUUGAGCUUUAUCGAGGGUGUUACCCUUGAUGGAUUCUUGGGACACCAGGCGAGGAAGCUUGCAUAUUUGUAUCGCCUCCCAACUAACGAGCACAGAGCCAGAGUAGGCCUCAGCUGGCUAGCCAAGACAACUGUGAGCACGGUGUCGUAUCUGCAGGAGACUAUCAGCAAUUCCUUGAUAGAAGCUGCUGAUGCAAUCCUAAAAUGAAAAACUCUUGAUAUGUGGACUGGAAGUAUACGAAUACUGGUUCCAGUUUGGAGUAGAAAUGAGAAGCUUGUCUGAUAGCUAUGCAGUCUGAAUUAGACUUUUACAUUUCAAAACUAGACCAUAGCGUGUGUCUUCCUUGUAAAUCGUAACUUCCAAAGUGUGGAAUGUAGCGAUAUGCAUUUUUUUCCUGUGCAGUCCUGUGUAAAGGCCCUCGACUUGCAACACUA